UUCCGCUCCUGCUCGCGGCAGUAAACAUGGCGAACGGCUAACGGAGUCGGUGCGCCUUCAGUCCUCAAGGCUUUGGAUUUUCCUUCACAGGACUUAAACCAUACGCUUUGCUUUGCUCUUUAGCACCCAGGGGUGCGUCUACAGGGCGCUGUUCUCUGUGAGGUUUUCUUGAAUAAAAGGGUGAAGGAGACGCACUGCAACAAUGGGGCGACGUUCAACCUCCUCCACCAAGAGUGGGAAGUUUAUGAACCCCACCGACCAGGCCAGAAAGGAGGCAAGGAAAAGGGAGUUGAAAAAGAACAAGAAACAGAGAAUGAUGGUGAGAGCAGCAGUGCUAAAGAUGAAGGACCCCAGACAGAUCAUCAGAGACAUGGAGAAGCUGGAUGAGAUGGAGUUCAACCCAGUGCAGCAGCCCUUACUGAAUGAGAAGGUAUUGAGGGACAAAAGGAAGAAGUUACGCGAGACAUUUGAACGCAUUGUCCGUCUAUAUGAGAGAGAGAAUCCGGACACCUACAAGGAGCUACGCAAACUGGAAUUGGACUAUGAGACCAAACGAGGGCAGCUUGCUCUUUAUUUUGAUUCAGUCAAGAAUGCGGAGUCAGUGGAGGUUGACAGUAUCCCUUUACCAGAUAUGCCUCACGCCCCAUCCAACAUCCACAUCCAGGACAUCCCGUUACCAGGGGCUCAGCCUCCCUCUAUUCUAAAGAAGAACUCCACUUUUGGUAAAGGACCUCUGUCAGCAUCCUCUGGACCAGUGUUGGCAACAGUGCCAGGUGUUCCACGUCUACCUCCAGGGAAGAAGCCCCCUGGACCACCGCCUGGGCCUCCACCUCCACAGGUCCUGGCACUGUAUGGAAUCCCUUCUCGAAGAGCUUAUGGCACAGAUGCAGAGCCCUCCAUUCCUGGUUUAGACAAAGACUCUGCAAUGGAUUUGGGAAGAGAUCGGGAAAGCGGCAGUGAUAGCGACAGAGAUCGGGAUGAUGUGGACGAUGAUGACAGCGACUCUGAGGAGGACAGUGAAGAAGAGAGAGAUGAAGGAGGAGAUGACCAGAGGAUGCGUGUGGACAGGCAGGAUGAUGACAGAGAAAGAGAGGAGGACAGGGACAGAAAUGACCGACAUGCUGGUCGCAGUGUACGUUUUGCCGAUAUGCCUUCAGAGGGACCUCGUGAAGGAAAGAGGAAGAAAAAGAGGUUGGUGAAGAAGACCAAGGCCAUCACCCCUCUGCAGGCCAUGAUGUUAAGGAUGGCAGGUCAGUCAAUUCCUGAAGAGGAGGAAGAAGAAGAAGUAGAGGAGGAAUACACAGAUGAAUCGGACAGCUCUGACAUCGAGGACAGGGGACCGCCAGGGGACAGCCAGGCCCACAUUAUGGCCAAUCAGCGUCUUCCUCCUCCUGCUGGGGCUGUUGGACAACAAGGUCCGCCACACAUGCAAGGUCCACCGAUGAGUGGCCCGCCACCGCUGGGUCCACCACCAGCCCCUCCAAUGAGGCCUCCUGGUCCGCCCUCUGGCCCGCCUCCUGGCCCCCCACCAGGUGCUCCUCCAUUCUUGAGACCUCCUGGUAUGCCUGGAGGAAUGAGGGGUCCGAUGCCGCGUCUUCUGCCUCCUGGCCCCCCACCAGGUCGACCACCCGGUCCUCCACCAGGCCCCCCACCUGGCCUUCCACCAGGCCCACCACCACGGGGACCACCUCCCCGAUUACCUCCCCCAGCACCACCAGGUAUCCCACCUCCUCCCCCAAGAGCAGGAGGCCCCCCCAGGCCCCUUGCCCCACCACUCUCUCUCUUCCCCCCACCUCUCAACUCCAACGUUCUCAGUGCUCCUCCCAACAUUGUGCAGCGGCAAAAAGGCUCGGGAUCCAGCCAGGACGGUUCACAGAACAACCUGCCACCCCCAGCUAUGCCCAUGCGGCCUGGUGUCAUGCAGAUGCCCCCUCCCCCUGGGACAGCUGCCGCCUCCUCGGGUGCAAAUCCUGGCAGCAACCCCCCCGGCCACCAUCACGCUACCAUCGAAAAACGCGCCAAUAUUACUUCUGUCGCAGCCGCUGGAGGCAGCCUGGCAGCAGGUGCUGGCUCUGGUGGAGCUACCAUCUCUGCCAAACCUCAAAUUAUCAACCCAAAGGCGGAGGUCACCCGCUUUGUGCCCACAGCACUGAGGGUGCGAAGGGACAAGGGCGGAGCAAUGCCAGGGGCAGCACCCGGGCCCAUGGAGAAAGCAGUGGGUGGUGUUGGAGGAAGGAGGGGAGAUGAAGGUGUGGGUGGAGGCCAGUGGCAGAAACAGCAGGCAGCAGCUGCGUCGAUGGGCUUGGCCAACCCAGCCCAGAUGGGUGCUGUGUCUCAGCCCAACAUGAAGACUAAAGACCAGGUGUAUGAAGCCUUUAUGAGGGAAAUGGAGGGACUCCUCUGAGACUCCGGAGGGUGACAGCAGAACUGUUUGGUGGGGCACUCUAAACAACAGGAGUGUAGUUUGUAUUUUCUGUGCAGAGUUAUAGAGCUCGCCGUCUUCAAGGCACUCAGCUAGAUCAGUUUCUUUUUAGCAAGUCGACAAAAAGCAGAUCCAUCUUCGGCACUGGUCUCAGCAGGCUCAUCUACAUUUCAUCUGGACUACUGUUUGUUCUAUCAAAAAGAAUGUGAAUUUGAUUAUAUAUGUAAAACUGAAACAUUUAGAUUGGUUGUUACUUCCUUUAGGCAACUUGUGAUUAAAAGAACAGUAUGCUCUGCACAGAACUGCUUAUUGUCAUCUAGUAUAUUGUGUUUUUUACCCUUAAGUUGUGUUUUUCUUCUAGCCGAUUUUGUAUGAUUGAUUUCAUUGUUUAUUAUAUUGGUGAUCUAUACAUCAAAACAAAGUUGUAGAAGGUUUGUCAACCAAUGAUGAAAUACGUGUCUGAAACUGUUUGACCUGCGGCUGAAUAAAUACUUCAAAACGG